UGUCAAGUUUUCUGUAAAGUUUCGAAAUCAGGUCAAACCGGUCUAUCCCAGUCACACUGCAUUUUAGUUUUAGCUUGCAAGUAUUCCAAACACCUGUGAAAGACUUUUGGAUCUGCGAAUUCAGCACCGAUGGCUCAAGAAUCUUCUUUCUCGAUGGAGGAUCUACAGUGUUCUGUGUGCUGUGAGGUUUUUGACACCCCCAUCAUACUGAGUUGCAAGCAUAGCUUCUGCAAAACCUGCAUUCAGACACACUGGGACCAUAUGGGAACACGGCAAUGUCCUCUGUGCCGCCGUACAGAGCACUCAACCAGGCCUCCAAUCAAUAUGGCUCUAAAGUUAGCCUCGGAUGUCUUCAAAAAGAACCCGGAGCAGUUCAUGGCAAAAUCGGUGGAACGUUGCUCAAUACACAAUGAGCAAUUGAAGCUUUUUUGUCGGAAAGAUGCAGAACUUAUCUGCAUUGCUUGCACUUCAUCAAGGAGUCACAAAAAUCAUGAGUACUGCCCGAUAGCUGAUGCGGCAUCAGACAUAAUGAAAGAGCUCACAAAUAGGUACAAUCCUUUGAAAAAACAACUAACCACCUUUGAAAAGUUACAGGAGAGCUUGGUGGAACUGGAAACAUAUAUACAGAAACAAGCUGCCGAAAUUGCUGCAGAAGUAAAACAAGAGUAUGAAAAGUUACAUAUAAUCCUGAGGGAGGAGGAGGCAGCUCGACUCUUUGUACUUAAAAAUGAGAGAGAGAAGAAGACCGCGAUGGUGAGAGAGAAACUGCAGGAGGUCAAUAAGAGCAUUGAAGAGCUCUCUGACAUCAUCAGAUACAUAGAGCCCAUCAAAAUAGCGGAUAGUCUCACAUUUUUAAAGGAAUGUAAGGAGGCAAUAAAACGGACUAGCUACACUGCUCCUGAAACAGAAUUUCCAAAAAAGGCACUUAUAGAUGCGCUUCAGUACCUUGGUUCAUUAAAGCAUGGGGCCUGGAAAAGAAUGGAAAAUGAUGUACACCACUCCUCUGUCAAUUUCAAUCCAAACACGGCACACCCAAACUUGAUCAUCAGUGAUGAACUCACCAGCAUCAGUUAUGGGAAAAAACAGCAGCUUCCUGAUAACCCUGAACGCUGCACAAGCCGCAUGGCAGUACUCGCUGCUAACAGCUUCGAUUCAGGAAAGCAGCGCUGGUUUGUAGAGGUGGCAUACAGCAAAGAAUGGUACAUUGGGGUGGCACGAGAAUCAAUAAAGAGGAAGACUGCAGUUUUUCUCAACCCCAAAGAGGGUUUCUGGGUAAUUUCAAACAAUGAGGAAUCCUACUGGGCUCAAACCUCUCCCCGCACACGACUAACCCUGAAAAAAACCCCACAGAUAAUCACAGUUGAACUGGACUAUGAUAAAGGAAAGGUUUCCUUUUCUGAUUCUGCAGAUGGUGGCAGUAUUUACACAUUUAAAGAUAAGUUUACUGAGAGAAUCUUUCCUUAUUUUGCAACUGGGAUAAAGGAGGGGAACACACUUAGAAUCUGUGCAUUUUAAUACACAGAUAAUGGGGCACAAAAACACUACAUUAAUUUGAACAUGCAACAACUACAAAACAUUAAUUGAUCUGCGAAUUUCUAAAAAAACAACAACAAAAAAGUCACAUUUCACCCAAAAUAAAAACAAAAUUAAUUUAUUAAUUAAUACAAAGUAAGUUUGCAUCUAGAAUUUUAAUUUACAAUUAUUUUUUAAAGGUGAUCAUCAUAAAUUUCCUAUUGCUGUAAUACAGUAUUUUUGUACUAUCUGCUUAAAUCAGCAUAAACUAUGUUAGUAUGUAUAUUAUUAUGUUUGAGUUUUGGAAGCUUACCUGUUUUUGCUAGUAUUUAAAAUUGUGAUUACAUCUUUUGAAACAGAUUUGUUGUCUCACUCACUUUUUUUUUACUAUACUCAUAUUUGUUAUUUUCACUCAGACCAUAAAAUGAUUUAUGCUGUGUUCAUGCAUCACUGCACACACAAAAAAGUUUACACUUUAGUUGAAAUUUAGCUGAGCCCUUCUUGUGAAAUGAGAAAACCAAUGCAAACCCACAGCAUGUUUCAUAUUCCUUUAAGGAUAUUUCCAUUUUGUAACUAUUUACUUCAGCUAAACGUUUAUUCCUGAUUCAGAACAUUGCAGAGCUAUUUUUAGGGCUAAGCAUUUCAAGCACAGAGUAUCAUCUACCUGAGUCAUCUGGAAGUCACACAGGACAGCCAAAGAGAACUACUACUGUACUUACAGUAUUACAAAUACUGCAAUUCUGUUAACUCAAAUGUUUCAAUCAGACCAUGCUCUUAAACUAAUAAAUGAAUUCUUCCAUUAUAAGCAGAUAACAUUUUAAAAGUCUUUUUCUGACACAACCUUAAAAUGUGCAUUGUACAAGGAAAGCUGAUCAAACCGGACCACAACCAA